UAUAUUCAUGAAAGUGAAAUAAUAGUUUGUCCCAAACCCAAGGUUGCAGACUGCCCUAAAGGGAGGUGGUCCAUAUGCAGGAUGCCCCACGGUAGUACCUACUGUGGCCACUUUGCGCAGAUGUGUUAUGAAGUAUUGGGAAGAUUCAUAUUUAAUGGACAGAAAAAAAACAGUGUAUUGGUCAGAAUGGUAAUUCUGGAAAUUCAGGGCUGCUCCUCUGUUUACAUAAGAGUGACGGAGCGCAGAGGGGAACUGCACUCAGUUGAUUUUAUGUGACUUCUCUUCUAACGAUGAUAAAUGGACUCCAAAUGGAUCCCAACACAAAGAAAACACAGUUACCACAGCAACCUUUAUAAUCGACUUGAUAAUUUUAGCUUUCAAGCUAAAGCUUUUAACCUUUUUGAACGUCUCCACAGGAGGAAAUGCUGGUCCAUGGUGCUCUGCAGCUCUAUAAUCAAGCAAAAAGUGACAGAAUGGCAGAAUUUCUACAGGUUUGAACAACAUGAAAGGAAGCAUCGGUGGUAUUAAACGUACACUUUGAGCUGCCUUUUAUGCAUCACUUUGCUGAUUGGAACAGCCUAGAAAUGCAAAGAGAGAGAAGGGAAAGGAGUCGGAGGAGGGGACAUGUAUACAUGACGUCUCCUGUUGGACAUCAAAGAGGAGAGGGUCAUCCAGCUGAGCUUCUCCAUUACAGUUACAUUAAGCUUCCAUUACUGAGACAAGUGUAGAAGAAACAGAAGUAAACAAUGGAAGAAAACAAAGAGGCGGAGCUGUUGCAGUCCGCUGCUGCGCUCAAAGCUUUUCUGCUGAAGAACAGCACGAAAAGCAACCUGAACCUCUACGAUCACCUCACCCAUGUGCUGAUGAAGGUGAUGGAUGAGCAGCCAGAAAAUGCGGUGGAUGUGAUUGAAGACAUCAGCCGUGAUGUGAAGCGAAGUAUGUACGUCGACAAGCAGAGCACCCUGCAGGACGUUCCGGAGACCACGCCGGCCGAGCUGCUGGCCGAGAAGCAACGGCAGCUGUUUUCGGCCACACAAGACGCAGAAGAAGACGAGGAUCUGGUACUGGCUGAACAGGAGCCGCUAUGGAUCCUGUUGUGUUUGAACUCUUUCCAAACUUUUUUCCAGGAGAAUGCAGUCCCUCAGUCAACCUACAAACCUCCUCCAGUGGUGCCCAAAGAGACGGUGGGAACAGGUGCAAACAAGUUCCUUUACUAUGUCUGCAAAGAGCCAGGUCUUCCAUGGAUAAAACUUCCAUCUGUCACUCCCGCACAAAUCGACGUUUCUCGUCAGAUUCGUAAAUUAUUCACAGGAAGGCUUGAAGCCCCGGUAAAGAGUUACCCUCCUUUUCCCGGGAAUGAAGCCAACUAUCUGAGAGCGCAGAUUGCUCGGAUCUCUGCUGGGACACAUGUCAGCCCCCAGGGAUUUUUUCUCAUUAUGGAGGAGGAAGAUGAUGAGGAAGGUGAGCCACUUCAGGAUAGCUAUGAUGUAAAUCCAGACUUUGAGGGCAUUCCAGUUUCUGAGAUGGCAGAGUCUUUGUCCACCUGGGUGCAUCAUGUUCAGCACAUCCUGCCACAGGGUCGCUGUACUUGGCUGAAUCUGUCUAUGAAACCAAGUGAAGACAUAGACGAGGACGAAGACAUGGAAGAAGCAGAAGAGGAGCCAGAUGAGCCUGAGCCAGAGGUUGGACCUCCUCUGCUUACUCCAUUAAGUCAAGAUGCCGAAUUGUUCAACACUCCUCCCUGGACCUCCAAGAUGUCCUCCACCCUCACCUCCGUGCAUGCUAUAGCUGUGUUGCGCUCAAACCUCUGGCAAGGAGGACAUGCGUAUGCCAGUGGAAAGAAGUUUGAGAACAUAUAUGUUGGAUGGGGGUUGAAGACCGCUGGAGACGGCUUCAGCCCGUCUGUCCCUCCAACGCCACUGAAAGAAUAUGUUGGAGAUGAAGAGAUCACAGAAGUUCCAGACCCAACACCCAGGGAUGAGAGGGAACUGGCAGAAGCUCUGGUGGCCGCGCAGGAGGAGAUGGAGGGAUCAGAUCGGGAGGACGAAUCUGAUGACGACUAUUAAACUGGACUCUUAGGAUCCCUCAGAAGAAUACUUUAACUGUCUACCUAUGAUGACACAACCCAGGAGUGAACCCUGGUGUGUAGAGUAGCCUGGAUUAGACACAUCAAACACUGACUUCUUCCCUGAUGACCACAAGUUUCUCUUGUAGCAACUUCAGCAAACAUCAGGCUUCAA